CGCAUCAUCGGCAGGUGUGAUAAUUCGAGUCAAUUCUUCACCGUUCUUGCUGCUUUAGCAAAGGAUAAAGUUUGCAUUCUCGCAGUCGCAAGGCCGGUUGCAAUCUUUCGUAACUUUCUGCUCUUGGUUAUCGUUGCAAUACGUAGCAGCAUGAUCAACACUGGGACAAAUAACAACAAGACAAUGCCAUCUGAUCCUGCUUUCAAAAGUGCUGGAAUCAAGCCUGGUCUCCAAAUAUGGCGUAUUGAGAACUUUGCAUUGAAGCCUCUACCAGAAAAGGAUCAUGGAGUGUUUUAUGAUGGCGAUUCAUACGUAGCAUUAAAAACUAAUGGAAGGCAAGCACCAUUUAGCUUCAACAUCCACUUUUGGCUUGGAAAGAACACAUCAAAAGAUGAAGCUGGAACAGCUGCAAUGAAAUCCGUUGAAUUGGAUGAUUACCUUGGUGGGUCUCCUGUACAAUACCGAGAGAUUCAACAGCACGAGAGCAAGGAAUUCUUGUCCUAUUUCAAAAAAUUAGAAUAUAGAGACGGUGGAGUUGCAACUGGAUUCAAACAUGUUGGAAAUGAGACACAAAAAAGACUGCUGCAAAUUAAAGGAAAAAAGCGUCCAAGAGUAUUCGAGGUGCCUGUAGAAUGCGAAUCUUUGAACAGAGGAGAUGUAUUUAUCCUUGACAAUGGUACAAAAGUUUGGGUGUGGUGUGGCUACGAAAGCAAUAAAUUGGAAAGAAUUCGGGGAAUGGAAUUUGCAAACGAAAUCCGUGACAGCAUGCGAGGAGGCAGAGCGCAUGUUUAUCUUGUUGAGGACGACCCUACCCUGAAGUUCACCAAAGCUGGCAAAGAUCAUCCAAUGAACAAAUUUUUCACUGAUCUUGGCUCUGCAGCAGGAGCUGUGAAGGCUGCAGAUGAAGGUGGCUCCGAUGAAAAGGUGGAGCGAGCACAGCUUGCCAAGAUUGCUCUUUACAGAGUGUCAAAUGCAAGCGGACAGAUCAAAGUGGAGCAAGUUGGAGCUGGAAUGCUGAAGCAUGAACUUCUUGACAGCAAUGACGCAUUUAUUUUGGAUCAAGGUGGAAUCCAUAUUUUUGUCUGGAUUGGUAGUAAAGCAGACAAAGAUGAGAAACUGAAUGCAAUGAAAAUAGCAGUUAACUUCUUACGAACGAAUGGAUACCCUGAUUGGACGCCAGUUACCAGGGUAACCGAGAAGGCCGAGCCUCCUGUUUUCAAAUCUUUGUUUACAAACUGGCCUCGUUCUAUUAUGACGGGAACGAAUAAAACAUACUCGGCUGGUCGUGGAAUCGCUUCUGUGGAGGAAAGGAAGUUUGAUGCUCAGCAGAUGCACGUGAAAAGAAAAAGAGAAGAGGAGAAACUGUUUGACGAUGGCUCAGGUGUUGCUGAAGUUUGGAGAGUGGAAGACUUUGAAUUGGUGCCUCAGUCAUCCGAUAUGCUAGGAAUAUUUUUUGGUGGAGAUAGCUACGUCAUUCUCUAUACAUACAAAAAGAAUUCUAAGGAGAACUACGUGGUUUAUUAUUGGUUGGGACAUUCAAGCACUCAAGAUGAACAAGGUGCGGCCGCAUUGCAUGCUGUUGGUAUUGACGACAAGCUCGGUGGAGCCGCUGUUCAGGUGAGGCUUGUUCAAGGCAAAGAGACAGAGCACUUCAUGAGGAUUUUUAAAGGAAGAAUGGUGAUUUAUAAGGGUGGUAAAGCCAGUGGUUUUAGAGGUGCUGGGACCGAGAUAGAGAAAGGAGGCAGUGCACGACUAUUUCAAAUCAAGUGUAAAACUGCUGUGAGCAGAAAGGCUAUUGAGGUCGAUCCCGUGGGAAGCUCACUAAACUCGAAUGAUGUUUUCGUGCUAUGCAACGCCAAAGUUGGUUUUCUUUGGUAUGGAAAAGGCUGCAGUGGUGACGAACGUGAGCUAGCCAAAGAAGUUGCAGGAAUUGUGUCUCCUAAGUUCAAAGAUGAUUUCACUAUUGUGAUGGAAGGGAAAGAGCCUGACGAUUUCUGGAACAUUCUUGGCGGGAAAACGGAAUAUGCGACAGGAGGAAGGCUUGUUUUUGAAGAGACCGACUACCCGCCGCGUUUAUUUCAUUGCUCAAACGCGACUGGCAGAUUUGAAGUGGAAGAGAUUCACAAUUUCACCCAAGAAGAUCUUGAAGAGGACGACAUAAUGAUUCUUGAUUGCUAUGAGCAAGUUUUUGUUUGGGUUGGAAAAGAUUCGAACCAGAAAGAGAAGAAAGAGGCCUUCACAUUUGCUAAGGAAUACGUACAAACUGAUCCAAGUGGCAGAAAAGUCGAUGAAACAGACCUUUUAGUUGUGAAGCAAGGCUAUGAGCCAGCGAUGUUUACAGGAUAUUUCGACUUCUGGGAUCCUAGCAAGCUCUCGGGUGCUAACAAAAAGAAUUACGAUGAAAUGAAAAAAGGAUUUGAGCUGCAAAAUGAAGGGAUAUCAUUGGUAGAGGAGGAACUACGCAAUUUCUCAUUUGACAAGAAGUAUAGCUAUGAGAACCUGAAAGUUGAUGUUGAAAAUUUGCCACCAGGAGUCGAUCCAACACAGAAAGAGUUCUACCUGUCACCAGAAGACUUCAAAAAGGUAUUUGGAAUGACUGUGACAGAGUAUGAGAAACUGCCGCAAUGGAAGAGAUCCAAUCUAAAAAGAAAAGUGGAUCUUUAUUAAAGUGUGAGUAGCCGGGACUUAAAGGACUGUCACAUCAAGAACAAAAAUUGUGGAAAUACUGGAAGAAACUGCAACAUUUUAAAAAAGACUAUUUUUACUAAAACAUUUAUAGGUUAAUAGAUCUUUGAGAAUAUCACAGAAAUUCAGGGCAAAGAUUUUAAACUUAUUAUAAUACAUUGUAACUUUAAAGCUCAGAGAAAACGCUAGCUUUCCAUUGCAGGGAAAGAAUCUACCUUACAAUUAUUUAAUCUUUAAGCUUAAAAUGACUCAUUAGAUCUAAGUUAAGAGUAAAGCAACCUCGUAACGAAAACCAGGAAAUAUUAGCGGGAAUUUAAAGUUUAUUCUUCAAGGAGAUGAGCAGUUUGAUUCAAAUUGCGUAAAGGAAGGGGUUUAAAUUGGGCUUAAGAAAUAACUGUAGUGUUUUGGAGUUUCAUAGGCAUUUUUAUGCACUUAAGUUUAUAUUUAUUAUACAAGCAAUUAUACAUAUUGCUUUGAAUUACUGUAGAGAAGUAGCUUUGAGAAAAAUUGAAGACAUUUAAUCGCUAAAAAUGUGAUUCGCACAGAUAAUAUGAUGAUUUUAAAAAAGUUUUCUCAAA